AUGACGACACCACAAGGAGGAUACCCUCCGCAGGAUGCAUAUGCUCCGAAUCCAGCAGAACCAUACAACCAGGCGCAGUAUGACGCUACAUCUCCUCCUGGCACAGCAGCUGGCGUGGUACCUGCACCAGGCGCCGGUGCUGGACGGAAAAAACGAGCAUAUGCCGGUCAAGCUUAUGAUUUUGGAGCAGGAGCCAAUGCAGCGCUGGGCGGGCAGCAGCAGGGUGGAGGAGCAUACGAGGGAGGCUUUACUCAACAAGCACAUGAGGCUGGUUAUCCCCAAGGAGGAUAUCAGCAGAGCGCAGCUGCUCCAGCGCAGAGCCCUGGCAUUGGCCAACCACCGAUAGCAGGGGUUGGAGGCUAUCAACCUCCAGUUCCAGUUUAUCCAGGCCAGCAGCCAGGGAUGAACAGUAUGACUCAACAGUUUGGUCAGAUGGACAUGAGCCAAAAACCGGCCUCUGCUGCCCCUAGUUCUACAGCUCGUCCGCUAGCACUCAAUCAGCUCUAUCCGAUUGAUCUACUAAACACGCCUUUCAAUGUUGCCGAGCUUGACUAUCCCCCUCCGCCUGCUAUAUUACCACAGAAUACCAGCGUAACGCCAUCACCUGAUGCAAAUUGUCCGCCCAAGUAUGUUAGAUCUACACUUAACGCAGUCCCCACCACGCACUCCUUACUCAAAAAGUCUCGUCUCCCUUUGGCCCUCGUCAUUCAACCAUAUUCUUCCCUCCACGAUGCCGAAGAUCCCGUCCCUAUUGUUCCGGACCAGGUUAUAUCACGAUGUCGAAGAUGUCGGUCUUACAUCAACCCUUUCGUGACCUUCCUAGAUCAUGGUCACCGGUGGCGGUGUAACAUGUGCAACCUUACCAACGAUGUACCUCAGGCUUUUGAUUGGGAUGCUGCAAACCAGAAGGGACUUGAUAGAUGGCAGAGGCCUGACUUGAACCAUGCUGUGGUCGAGUUUGUCGCCCCGCAAGAGUACAUGGUCCGGCCACCACAGCCUCUAGUAUAUCUCUUUCUCGUUGACGUGAGCUAUGCUUCUGUUACCAGUGGUCUUCUUGCAACAACUGCAAGGUGCAUCAGAGAAAGCCUCGAUCGAAUACCAAAUGCAGAUCGCAGGACUCGGCUAGGCUUCAUUGCUGUUGAUUCCAGCUUGCACUAUUUUUCGAUACCAAGGGACGAUACUGAGAAUGUGGAGACAAGUAUGUUGGUCGUUAGCGAUCUUGAUGAACCUUUUCUACCUACGCCCGGUGAUCUACUGGUCACGAUGACAGAGUGUCGUGAGAAUAUUGAGGCUUUCUUAGACAAGCUACAAGAAAUGUUCCAGAAUACGCAGAAUGGCGGCUCAUGUAUGGGAUCUGCUCUUCGAGCCGGUCACAAGCUUAUAGGACCUGUGGGAGGUAAGAUGACGGUCAUCACAGCAUCUUUGCCCAACCUCGGACACGGAAAGCUGGAAAUGCGAGAAGACAAGAAAGCACUGGGCACUAGCAAAGAAAGUGCUCUGUUGCAGACUGGAAACAGUUUUUACAAGGCUUUCGCUGUGGAAUGCUCCAAGCAACAGAUCUCUAUUGACAUGUUUCUGUUCUCCUCGCAGUAUCAAGACGUGGCUUCACUAAGCAACCUACCACGAUACACUGGUGGACAAACAUACUUCUACCCAGGAUGGAAUGCUGCACGAGAGGAGGACGCCAUGAAGUUUGCAACGGAAUUCUCCGACUAUUUGUCUUCCGAGAUUGGUCUUGAAGCUGUACUUCGAGUUCGAGCAACUACUGGUUUGAGGAUGAGUACCUUUUACGGCAACUUCUUCAAUCGUAGCUCCGACCUGUGCGCCUUUCCUGCGUUCCCGCGCGACCAGGCUUAUGUUGUUGAAGUUGCGAUUGAUGAGAGCAUCACCAAGCCUGUAGUCUGCAUGCAAACCGCCGUACUUCACACUACCUGCAAUGGAGAACGACGAAUACGAGUGAUGACACUGGCGCUUCCCACAACGCAAAUCCUAGCUGACGUUUAUGCCUCAGCCGAUCAAGCAGCAAUCGCAACAUACUUUAGCCACAAAGCUGUGGAGCGAACACUGGGCAGCGGCCUCGAAGCGGCUCGAGAUGCAUUGCAAGCAAAAUUGAUAGAAAUGCUUUCGACCUAUCGAAAAGAACUAGCCGGUGGUAAUAUGGGCGGCGGUGGCCUGCAAUUCCCAGCCAAUCUCCGUGGGCUGCCGGUCCUCUUCUUGGGAUUGAUGAAGAAUCUGGGUCUACGAAAGUCCUCGCAGAUCCCAACCGAUAUGCGCUCGGCUGCACUUUGCCUCCUGUCGACCCUACCACUUCCGCUUCUCAUUCAGUACGUAUAUCCAAAAAUGUACUCAUUACAUGAUAUGCCAGACGAUGCUGGGGUUUUUGACGAGCAAUCUGGUGGGAUUGCCCUCCCACCGCCAUGCAAUUUGUCUUCUGAGAGACUGGCACCCUAUGGACUCUACCUGAUUGAUGACGGCCAGACACAGUUUCUCUGGGUCGGCAGAGACGCUGUGCCUCAGCUCGUCCAGGAUGUCUUUGGAAUCCCAGACAAAACUCAACUGAGAGUGGGAAAACAGACGCUGCCUGUUUUAGAAAACGAUUUCAACGAGCGAGUCAGAGCGAUCAUUGCGAAAAGCAGAGACCACAGAUCCAAAGGCGUGGGCAGCAUCGUUGUACCACAUAUGUACGUCGUCAAGGAGGACGGAGAGCCUGGGUUAAGAUUGUGGGCCCAGACGAUGCUGGUGGAGGACCGUGCAGAUCAAGGUGUAAGCUUACAGCAGUGGAUGGGCAUGCUGAGAGAAAAGGUGAUGCAAUGA